AUGGUGAAGCUAUUCAUCGGAAACCUGACCGAGGAGACUGGGAGGGAUGAAAUCGAAGCUCUCUUCACACCGUACGGCGUGGUUACAGAAUGCGCCAAGUACAAAAAUUACGCCUUUGUCCACAUGGAGGACCGCAAGGCGGCCACCAAAGCAAUCCGAGAGCUCAAUAUGUAUCAGCUUAACGGCAGAGCUAUGAAUGUCGAGCCUAGCCGAGGGAACAACCAAGGUCCAGUCAAGAUCCACAUCGCCAAUGUGGAAAGGGGAUUUGACCAAGAGCUGAGAGAGCUGUUUGAGGAGUACGGUACAGUCAACGAGUGUUCUAUUGUGAAGAAUUUUGCUUUUGUUCACAUGGCCAACUCUGAGGAAGCAAUGGAUGCCAUCAAGGGCCUGGAUAACACAAGGUUUCAAGGGCAAAACAUCCAUGUUCAGCUGUCGAAAAGCAAGCCCGCCUGGGGCGCAGGAGAGGAGGACUUUGGUCCGCCGCCACCACCGCCCGGUCGAGGAGGUUUUUACCCUCCUCAUCCCCCUCGCUUCCAUCCCGAGCCUCCUUACGGGGGUCGCAUGGGCUCUUACCCGCCUCCGCCACCACCCCCGCCCCCUCCUCCGAGACGACCCAUGUAUCCUGACCGCAGCUAUGGCGGCGAGCGCGAAGGAUACGGCGGCGGCGGUGGUGGUGGCGGCGGCGGUGGCGUUGUUGAUUUUUACGAGAAAUACCGCGCCCGUCCUUACGGAGCCCCGGGGUACGACGAUAGGCGUUCCGGGGCCAUCCCGCCCCCUCCGCCGCCACCUCCCUCGGCGAUGGGAAGAGAACGCGUCGCGAUGGGUGCCCACGAAGCGUACGACCGUCGGCCAGGCCCCCAUCCUCCCGCGCCUUACAUGGCCCGAGACCGCAGUCCCAUUAGGCGAGCCCCCCAUCCUCCUCCGCCUCCAGCUCCCGCAUCUGGUAACGGCUACUCCUACGAGCGCACCCGUUUUACCCCGCAGAUGAAACCUCAGCCGUACGCUGCUCCGUACCCCCGGAACAGCUACGCGCAAAGCGGCCCCAUGCCAGCACCGCCGCAGCCCAACUAUGGCGCCUAUCAGGCCCAUGGAGUGUAA